AUGAAGUACGCCUCCACCAUCCUCCUCGCGGCUUUCGCUGCCACCAACGUCUUUGCCCACGGUGUCAUCGACAGUGUUCAGGGUGCCAACGGUGUCAACCUGCCCGGUCUCUCUUUGAUCGACGGCACUCCUCGUGACUGCGCAUCUCCCCGCUGCGGCUCCGAGGCCGACACCUCCAUCAUCCGCGACCGCGAGAUGGGCACCGACCGCGCUUCCGCCCUAGGCCGCACCCAGGGCGGCGGCCCCGUCGACGCCGCCACCAUGGUUGGUCAGUUCAUGAACGGCGCUGCCGGCAACACCACCGCCGUCAAGAAGGCCCGCGAGAUCCACGAGGCCAACAUGGCCCGCCGCUCUCUCGUCGCCCGCCAGGCCGGCAAGGGCACCAAGACCCCCAAGGGCACCGCCGAGACCGCCGUCAAGGCCGCCACCGGCAUGGCCGCCCAGGCGGGCAUGCCCACCACCGCCGACGACGGCACCCUCAAGAUGACAUUCCACCAGGUCAACCAGGACGGCGCUGGCCCCCUCAAGGCUGACGUCGACGGCACCUCGGGCGGCACCGACCCCUCCGCCUUCAAGACCGCCGAGGUCACCCAGAACGUCCCGGGUAUCGGCAUCGGCGGCCUGUCCGGCGCCUCCACCAUGGACUUCCCCGUCGCUAUCAAGAUGCCCGCGGGCAUGACCUGUGACGCCAACGUCGGCGGCGCCAGCAACGUUUGCGUCGCCCGCCUGCGCAACGCCGCGCUCGCCGGUCCCUUCGGUGGCUCCGUCGCCUUCACCCAGUCCGCCACUGCCCGCAAGCGCGCCGUUGAGUACAACCUCGCCAAGCGCCGCGCCGCCCGCUCUUUCCAGGCCUAA